CCGUCGGUUUCCUGCUGCACUGAGAACAGAGCGGCGGCGAGACAGACUGGGAAGCUUGAACAUCACCAUCAAAACCAACAGCACUGUACAAUGAACCUGUUAGCAGUAUCUCCUUCUCCUGAUAUCCGCGUCGUCACGGUCAUACUGCUGGCGAUGGGCCUGUCUACUCCUGGGAAAGCAGAAAUCACCAGUCUGGACUCGGGCAACAUUGAUGACAUCCUAAAUAAUGCUGGGGUGUCUUUAGUGAAUUUCUACGCUGACUGGUGCAGGUUCAGUCAAAUGCUCCAUCCAAUAUUUGAGGAGGCGUCGAACAUAGUAAGGGAAGAGUUUCCUAACACCAACCAGGUGGUGUUUGCUCGUGUUGACUGUGACCAACACUCCGACAUAGCCCAGCGGUACCGCAUCACCAAGUAUCCGACACUGAAGUUGUUCCGCAAUGGGAUGAUGAUGAAGAGGGAGUACAGGGGUCAGAGGUCAGUGGCAGCCAUUGCAGACUUCAUCCGCCAACAGCAGGUGGACCCUGUGAAAGAGAUACAUUCAUUGGAGGAGAUUAAUACUGUAGAUAGAAGUAAGAGAAAUAUCAUAGCUUACUUUGAAACAAAGGACUCUGACAACUACCACACAUAUGAAAAAGUUGCCAACAUCCUUCGUGAUGACUGCACAUUCCACGCCUCUUUUGGCCCUGUCUCUGAGCCUGAGCGCAUCAAUGGAGACAAUGUUAUCUACAGACCCAUGGGGGACAGCGCCCCUGACAUGAUCUACCUCGGCUCCCUCACCAACUUCGACCUGACAUAUGCCUGGACGCAAGACAAGUGUGUGCCUCUGGUCAGAGAGAUCACUUUUGAAAAUGGAGAGGAGCUGACUGAAGAGGGAAUCCCAUUCCUCAUCUUGUUCCACAUUAAGGAAGACUCAAACAGCUUAGAAAAGUUCCAACAUGAAGUGGCUCGCCAGCUCAUAGGAGAGAAAGGGUCCAUUAACUUCCUGCACGCGGACUGCGAGAAGUUCCGCCAUCCUCUGCUCCACAUACAGAAAACUCCCGCUGACUGUCCUGUCAUCGCUAUAGACUCCUUCAGACACAUGUAUGUCUUUCCUGACUUCCAAGACCUCGGUAUCCCUGGCAGGCUGAAACAGUUUGUGUUGGACCUUCACUCUGGAAAGCUACACAGGGAGUUUCACCACGGCCCUGACCCCACAGACAGCACGCCCGGACAGUUGGAGGCAGCAGGAGAAGUGGUCAGCAGCCCUCCAGAAAGCUCUUUCCAGAAACUGGCGCCCAGCGAGACUCGCUACACCAUCCUCACAAGGGACCGUGACGAGCUGUGACCCUCUGUUGCCCUCCAGUGAUCCUGUGACUCAAUGCCACGCCCCCGGGGGUCAGGGAAGGGGUUAGGGUUGGGACAGGCCAGCGGGACAGAACAGCAACACCCAACACCCUUACUGAAGAGAAGGAGAUGUAGAAAUGGAGAAUGAAGAGGAAGUAGGAGGAGAAAAUGGAGGAGAAAAGAGAAGCAGUCCUCGACACAACCAUGUUGGAUUAACCUAUAUUUUCAUAACUCUUUCACGUACAAUUUUUAUUUUGGAUCAAAAGGAAAUUGGGUAAAGGGGAAAAUCGUGUGUGGGCAGGGGUUAGGGGCAUCAAAAGAAGUGUUUUUACUUUUAUUUUUUUGGAGCUUGUAAAUAUGUUUGUGCUACAUGGGAGUCUCAGUGUCAGUCUAAAUUAAAUACGGAGUUUCCUUUGUUUUAUUCCUUUUUCUUUCAUCACCUGGUUUUUUUUUUUUUUUUUUUUUUUGUAGAAAAAGAAACCAGAGCAGUUUUUGACUCCAGUCGUACGGUUCUUAUCUGUGGGUAGUCCAGCCUGUCUUUAGGAGAUAGUCUCACUGACCUCAUAGCUGCAUCUCAAUAUGAUCAACUCAAAUCUAAAUUCAUUUUGUACAGCACGAGUAAUUACAAUAUGCCUGCUUGAGUAGCUUUCCCUCCAUUUCUUCUCCACACACACACACACACUCUGAAGGAAUAGAAACAUAUUUUUAAAUAACUGAGCAGGCGUGAUAUAAAUUUGAAAGAUUGAUUUGAGACAGAAGUUAAGGAGACAAAGCUACUCCGCCCUAUUGAGAUGCACCUCCCCCCCCUCCCCUCCCCUGGUUCUAAAUGGUUUUGGAUAACGAUGUCUCUUACAGUGCAUAUACAAAGUAUUACCCCUCUUGGACUGUUUCUUUGUGUUACUGUUUCAUAAUACUGACUAACAAUGGAUGUAGUCAGGAUUUCUUUCUCUAAACUCAGAACAGAAACGAUGUAACUUGAAAAUGAUUUUACGUCAUCCCAUCUUGAGGGCUGUUUCAGCAGCAUCAUGCUGUGUGAAGGCUUCUCUGCUGAAGACCCUGGACAAUGGAAGGUUACAUUUAAGCAUUAAAAUACAUGCACAUUUCUGUGGAAACAUGAAUCUUAGUUUGUAUAUUUUAUAUCAAGAAGACUGCAGACAUGAAGUCAAAUAUACAAUUGCUUCAUUAAAAGGCUGUGUGAAUGCCUGAGAUUGGAAAAUUCAAUGUCCAGGCCUUAGGUCAGUCCAGAAUUAACGUCAGGACUUGACAAGCAUGCAACUUGACCAAAGUAGCCUUAAAGGAAUCAGUGUCCAGAUGUGUAAAGCUGUUAAAGGCUUACUGAAGUAGCCCUCAGGCUGUUAGUGCUACCAAAGGUGCUUCUAUUGGUCGUUUUAGGACAUGAAUACUUGUGCAAUCAAGAAAUUUGUUAAUUGUAUCCCAAACCUCUCCAGGGCGUCUUACAUACUGAUAACCUCACUACUGUAAAACAGUAAAACAUUUCAAAGUCAAUGCGGGGUGAAUACCUUAUAAAGGCACAGUAUUUUCCACGACAUCUCUAAUGUGUGAUCCUAGGAGUGAAUUAGAGGAAAGAAAUGGUGUACUUUAACGUGAUCAGGAAUUUAUGAAAUGGCUUUUGUUUUGGCUGUUAACCUGUUGAAAUGUGUAGUCAUGCAGAGGGAGAAAAAGACUUGGUACUUUCCAGGAUUUUAACAUGCUCGGGGAGAAGGGGCCCAUGUGAUCAGCGUUGGUAAAAUAGUCUCCCACUUUAUACAACUUCAUUAAAACUGGUUUCAUCUCUUUAAAUGUCUGUGGUUUCGGUACAAGAAUGGAUCUCUGGGGUCUACUGAACAGAAAUGAAUCUUAAAGACAAGGCCAGAUUGAGAGUAUGGGGGGGACCCUUCGAAUAGUUUGUACUGUGCUCCCUGCCCUUCCAUUGAGGCCAAAAAAGAUGCCUGCAUAGUGACAUAUCAGCCCACAUACAGGAGAACAAAAGAGGGGUGGGGGAGGGGGGAGUGUGAUGCCAUCUCUGAAAUAGUCAUCUCAGAGGGGAGGAAGAGUAUACAAAAAAAAAUGAAAGUAAAUUAAAAACCAUUUUACAGGA